AUGGAAGAGCAGAACCCAGAAGGACCUGGGAUAGGGAAGGCAGCAACUGAAAGCCUCCCUCCCACCCAAGCCGGGAGUGCUGUUAAAUUCUGGGAACGCCUGGUGACAGUUAUCCAUGAUCAGCUCACUGCCAUCUCAGAUGUACAUCGCCAACGCUUCCGGCAAUUCUGCUACCCGGAGGCUGAUGGGCCCCGAGAGAUGUGGGCACCAUCCGUGAAGACAGAAGCUGCAAUUCCACAGGCAGAAGGAGCUUCUUUGGAGCAAGGGCAGAGGGUGCAGGCCACGGAGCAGGACCAAGAUGCCCUCUGCUGUGGUAAAGAACUGUCGUGGCUGGGUGCAACCGUGGCACACUGUGAAUUUGAUGGAACCCACACAAGGGAGAAGCCAUUCAAAUGCACUGAGUGUGGAAAGAGAUUCAGUCGGAGUAAUCAUCUUCAACAGCAUCAAAGAACCCACACAGGGGAGAAACCUUUUGAAUGCACAGAGUGUGGAAAGAGAUUCAGUUGGAGUAAUAGUCUUCAAGGCCAUCAAAGAACCCACACAGGGGAGAAACCAUUCAAAUGCACUGUGUGUGGAAAGAGAUUCAGUCAGAGUAAUCAUCUUCAACAGCAUCAAAGAACCCACACAGGGGAGAAACCUUUUGAAUGCACAGAGUGUGGGAAGAGAUUCAGUCAGGGUGGCAGUCUUCAACUGCAUCAGAGAACCCACACAGGGGAGAAACCUUUUGAAUGCUCAGAGUGUGGGAAGAGAUUCAGUCGGAGUAGCAGUCUUCAAGAGCAUCAAAGAACUCACACAGAGCAGAAAUCAUUUGAAUGCACAGAGUGUGGAAAGCGAUUCAGUUGGAUUAGCGGUCUUCAAAAGCAUCAAAGAACGCACACAGGGGAGAAACCUUUUGAAUGCUCAGAGUGUGGAAAGAGAUUCAGUCGGAGUAAUCAUCUUCAACAGCAUCAAAGAACCCACACAGGGGAGAAACCUUUUGAAUGCACAGAGUGUGGGAAGAGAUUCAGUCAGAGUAGUCAUCUUACAGAGCAUCAAAAAACCCACACAGGGGAGAAACCAUUCAAAUGCACGGAGUGUGGAAAGAGAUUCAGUCGGAGUAGCACUCUUCAAGAGCAUCAGAGAACUCACACAGAGCAGAAACCAUUUGAAUGCACAGAGUGUGGAAAGAGAUUCAGUUCGAGUAGUGGUCUUCAAAAGCAUCAAAGAACUCACACAGAGCAGAAAUCAUAUGAAUGCACAGAGUGUGGGAAGAGAUUCAGUCGGAGUAUCAGUCUUCAGCUGCACCAAAGAACCCACACAGGGGAGAAACCUUUUGAAUGUUCAGAGUGUGGGAAGAGAUUCAGUUGGAGUAAUCAUCUUCAACAGCAUCAAAGAACCCACACAGGGGAGAAACCUUUUGAAUGCACAGAGUGUGGGAAGAGAUUCAGUCAGAGUAGUCAUCUUACAGAGCAUCAAAGAACCCACACAGGGGAGAAACCAUUCAAAUGCACAGAGUGUGGAAAGAGAUUCAGUCACAGUAGCAGUCUUCAAGGCCAUCAAAGAACCCACACAGGGGAGAAGCCUUUUGAAUGCUCAGGGUGUGGGAAGAGAUUCAGUUGGAGUAAUAGUCUUCAAAAGCAUCAAAGAACCCACACAGGAGAAAAACCUUUUGAAUGCUCAGAGUAUGGAAAGAGAUUCAUUCAGAGUAAUACUCUUCAAGACCAUCAAAGAACCCACACAGGGGAGAAACCUUUUGAAUGCUCGGAGUGUGGGAAGAGAUUCAGUUGGAGUGGCAGUCUCCAACAGCAUCAUGCAAGUCACACGGGAGAAAAACCUUUUGAAUGCAUAGAGUGUGGAAAGAGAUUCAGUCACAGUAGCAGUCUUCAAGGGCAUCAAAGAACCCACACAGGGGAGAAACCUUAUGAAUGCUAAGAGUGUGGAAAGA